AUGCCUGAGCCGGCUAAAUCCGCCCCGGCUCCCAAGAAAGGUUCCAAGAAGGCUGUCACCAAGGCGCAAAAUAAAGACGGCAAGAAGCGCAAGCGCAGUCGCAAGGAGAGCUACUCCAUCUACGUGUACAAAGUGUUGAAGCAGGUGCACCCCGACACGGGCAUUUCGUCCAAGGCCAUGGGCAUCAUGAACUCGUUUGUCAAUGACAUCUUCCAACGCAUCGCAGGCGAAGCUUCGCGCCUGGCGCAUUACAACAAGCGCUCUACUAUCACGUCCCGGGAGAUCCAGACGGCCGUGCGCCUGCUGCUGCCGGGCGAGCUGGCUAAACACGCCGUGUCGGAGGGCACCAAGGCGGUCACCAAGUACACCAGCUCCAAGUAG